AUGACCACCAACGACCAAUCCACACAACCGCUUCAAAUCACCAGUAUAACCCGUAUUCCUGAUAAUUCAGGGAAGUUUUUUGAAGUCACACUUGACCCUUCUCUUCGUUUAUACGUUAGCGAACCAUUGUCCCUCAAAGUUAGCUCUUUCAGCAAGCUGGUUAAAUUGCAUGGGUCAACUGGCAAAAACUUGGGCGAACAGAUUAGGGCAGUGAUCGAAACUGGUCCGUUUGAAACUGUGGACACAGAAAAUGAACUGUUACGAGGUAAAUGGAUCGGCAAAGAUCGUUGUCUGGAACUUUCAAAAUCGUUCAGAGUUGACGACAUCAUAGAUCCAUUGCUGAAUAAGAUUGAAACGGAACUGUCUAAAGAUAUUCCACAGGUGGCUACAGCUUCAAAUCAAUCUGACCAACCAAGCUUCUAUACAGCAGUCUUCAAUGGCGGCACUGAUAAUACCUCAAGCAACAUUAAUAACAAUAAUACUAACAGCCCCGUCAUGACCAGGGCAUUCUCGACUUUAACCGAGAAUGAUAAUGUUCACGACGUGUCAAUGGACUUGGCAGAUCAGAGCUUAACAACUCCAGUGAAACGCGCAAAAACUAACAUAGAUCCGUCCAGUUUACCGGAAGGUGCUCAGUUUACGUUUGAUAUCAAUGCCCCUAACCCUGAUGCUCCAUACGCACUCAAGCCAAUCUCAGAGACUAAUAAUCCCAGAGGUUACGACUUGCAAAAAUCUAAGAGUGUUAUAAUGUCAAUAUUUCUUUCGAAGGAUACUGAAGUAUCCUUGAUAGACAUAGUGGGUAACGAUCCACAUUAUUUGGACGAGCUUUGUAUAGAUGUUCCAUUUGAUGAUUUGGGUCAAACUGCUCUCCACUGGGCUGCAACUCUGGGAAGAACCUAUCUCAUCAGGGAGCUAGUCAAACAUAAGGCUAACAGGCUGAGAGGCAAUGUCGAGGGAGAGACUGCCUUAGUACACUCGAUACUGGUUACUAAUAGUUUUGACGCAGGGAACUUUUCAGAGAUACUGGAUCUCCUAUACCCUGCGAUCACCAUAUUUGAUUAUCAGGGACGAACGAUUUUACACCACAUCGCUUUAACAUCUGGUAUUAAAGGACGUAGUUCUGCUUCCAAGUACUAUUUAAGCACUUUGCUAGAAUGGAUCGUGAGGAAGGGUGCUCUCUUGCCUGGCCAGCAGAACUUGCCACUUGGAAAGUUCAUGAGCCAAGUGUUGAAUGUUCAAGAUAAGAACGGUGACACUUGUCUAAAUAUUGCUGCUCGUAUUGGAAACAAAACUGUUGUACAACAAUUACUGGAUCUAGGAGCUAAUCCCAAUGUUCCAAACAAAGCUGGCUUGAGACCUUUGGAUUUUGGGAUAAAUAUCAAUGGGAUAUCGUUAGCAAAAGAGUCCUCUUUACCCCCAGCAUCAUUUUCUAGCGCCCCUUCCUUUUCUGCUCCAAAGCAGAAUAGCUCGAAGAUUGUCAACGAUUUACAGACUAUGUUAUCAGCGCUGUCAACGAGUUUCAACCAGGAGUUGAACUCCAAGACAAAGAAUAUAGAAUCCCUCCAGGAAACCUUGCGCAGUUCUACGCAAAGGUUAUCGAAGGCUAGAUCCCAAUUAUACCAUUUACAAGAUACUGAAGCCACGUUUUUGGAAUUGAAGUCUAAACUGGCCAAUAUAGAGAAAUCAAUCAAUGAUGAAGAAAACUCCUUCAAGAUUAAUGCUCAAGAGCUGCCAAACCUUACAAGUUUUGUCGGAGAUUUUGAUGCUGAUGAACCUUUUACUGUCUUGCCAGUAUACAAUGCUAUUGAGGCGAAGAUUGCUAGUUUGCCAGAGGACAAAAGAGAAGAGGUACUAGCUAAUCUCAAAGACAACAUCGACAAAGAAGAAAUUUAUCAAGUUUUAGUUGCCAAGAAUUUUAAUCUACAGGAGCUGCCUCCGUCAGUAGUACUCAAUGCUCGUAUUGAAGCAUACCAGGAAAACGAGGCAAAGCUGGUAGAAAUUCUUGAAAACUUGAAGUCAAAGUCCUCCAUUCUCCAGAGCAAGUUCAAGCGGGUUGUUGCCCUCUGUACGAGUGUUGACGAGAAAAAAGUUGAUGAAUUACUUGAUAGUCUUGUACAAGCAGUGGAAAGUGAGCCUGAAGACAUGGAUAUCAAUAAAGUUACAGGUUUUCUUAAAAAAGUAGACAAUUCCAGCUAUUAG